CUGCAUUUUGCAAUUAAAUAACCAAUAAUAAUUGUUUGUUACGACCAAAAGUAACGCUAGAAAUGCUAAAACGGAAACGGAAAUCGCCGGAUUCGUGGACUAAUCGGUGAAAUUGUAGGGCAGUGCGGUGGCCCAAGUGCGGAAAUAGAAAACCUCACGAAACUGACGCAUUAGGGCAGUACAAAAACAACACAAAACAGGAAAACUAAAGGGGGAAAAAUCCACGCAACAGAGAGAAAUUCAAGUUUGCCGCGCCCGUUUUUGUUUUGUUUCUUUUUUUGUUCCUUCGGAAGGUGUCAACUUGAAGGAGGAAGCAGAUUUUCCAAAACAAAUUGCACCGGAAGAAAAAGAGAGAGCUACGCUUUGACGACUCUCUCUUUCUCAUUGCAACAUCACCACAGCAGCAGCAGCAGCAGCGACAACAGCAGCAGCAGCAGCGACAGCAGCCACAGGACCAACGAGACCAACCACAACUACAACAACAAUCACACAAACAACAAACCCAACAACAACCACAACUACAACAACAGGAACUACAACAAUAACAACAAUAAUACCAACAAAAGCAACAUGGGAAAUUCACAAAAUCGAGCAGCGAACAGCGAUGAAAAGUCAACGCCAGGUGCUGGCAGUCUAGUGCGGCUGGGAAUCGACAGCGGAGGCGGUGGUGUAGGCAGCGGUGGUGGCGUUGGAGUGGGCGUGACCCUCGUCCAGCGGCAGAGCAGUCGAAGCCGUGUCCUCAGCCGCCUCGUUGGCCAGAAACGCAUUCGUGAGGCAUUUCUACACUCGCCGAAAGCGGCAGCCAGUUUGGAGGCUAAUGCCGGCGGCAGCGGCGACUGGAUCACAGCGGAAACGGAAGUGGAGCAUGGACAAUUGGAUGCCGUUGCUGAGCAAAUAGAUUUUCCGCCUGCAAAGCCACCGAGAUUGAAGAAACUACAUCAACGUGAACAAGGAGCAGAUAAAGAGGAACCCUGCAGCUUAACCCAACAGCUGUGCCCGUGGUCUACUCCUCCUCCUCCUGAUAAUGCCGAUGUCGAAGAGACCUUGGGAAUUUUACAGGAGAAUUACCAAACACCGGAAGUAACGCCAACUGUCAAGCAGCCAAGGAAAAGACGAAUUGCACCACAACCACCCACAACACCGAAAGCCAUUGAAAAACCUUUACCGAAACCCAGAAAAAUGAGGGGGGCAAAACUACCAAAUGAUGAUCACUGUGCGUUCAUUGAGCAGCUUUUUGCAGCCACAAGUGAGGCAACAUUACUGAGAACAAUAUCAACAGUGGCCGAGACAUCGGCUCAGGCAAAAAUAAUAACAACAUUGACAGUGGUUGCGGACGACUUGGUCAGUUUGGAUUACACCGAUUCCUUAGAGUACCACAACUGCAGCAGCGACGACUGUUGCUACGCCUCCAACGACACCUUAACCCAUGGCAGCCAGCGGCAGCAGCAACAUUCGCAUCAUCAUCAUCAUCAUCACCAUUCAAGUCGAAACUGUCACCGCCAUCACUGCGAUCAUCAUUAUCCCUACGACCGGAGAUCGUUGUGCACCAGUUGUUCAAGCAAUGAUUCCCUCUUCACAGAUCCCGUGGACGAGGAGCUGAUCGUCCCCAAUUCGCCACUGCCCCCUUUGCCAGCAACCAAAGUGUGUGAGGCAGCUGCUAUACCGCCAUCGAAGCGUGAUCGUCCACUGAGCGAAAUAAGUGUAACAUCGGUGGACACUUUAUCGCCGAGCACUGCAAAGGCUGUGCUAGAGCUACAGCGGCGGUGUCGAGCCGACAAGUUGGCCUGCCUGAGCUUAACCCGUGUCACCUACCUCAGCAUAGCCAAUGAUCUGCAAGAAGUCGAGGAGGCUGAGCCGGCUAUAUUGCUUAAUACCGAACUCUUGGUAGCACCCAAUAGCCCGGCAGAGGGUUCGCCGGACGAACUCAUGGCUCUGCAGCUGGGCAAGAAGUUGGCCCAAGUCUUGGGCAGUGGAUCGGGCACGCCAUUGACACCGGGCAACACGGAGGCAGGCACUCCGGCAGGAACAGGAGGAACAAGGCUCGUGGACUCGCCUCUGGGCAAUGGAGAGCUUUUUAAUGUCUCCAAGGCCAAGAAAGUGGAGCUUCAGAAUCUUUCAUCACGAUUUGCAGCUGCCGUUGGGCAGACUCCGCCAGGUGUUUUGGUAACAACACCAGCAGCAACAGCAAAUGAAACAGGAGCUGCAGGAGCGGGAACAGGAGCUACAUCCUCGUCGCUGGAAACGCAAUCAACUGUUAUAAUUUCGUUUAAAUCAUCUCAAACACCUGUGCAGUCUCAAACGAAUUCUGCUACUGCUGCUGCUCCUCCUGCCGGCUUCGACAAUGUAGAGGAUGACACAGCACCCCUGCCCUGCCUACCAGCGCCGCCACCUGGCUUCGGAACACCGACAACGCCCCAUCAUCUGUCGAGCAAUGUGCUCAAGAAGGUCGCCAGCUUCACGGUCGAGAAAUCGUCGGCGGGCAAUAGCUCUACACCGAGUGCCAAUGCCCCGCUUCUGGCCGAGGAGACAACGCUUCUGGCCACGACACCGACAUCGUCGCAGUUGCUAGUGGCAACCCAGAACCCAGAAAUUGGAGUCGGAGUUGGAGGAGUUGGGUCGAGCACCAGUUCGUCGCGUCGCGGCUCAUCUUAUGUACCGGAAAAGUUAAGCUUCGCUGCAUAUGAAAAGUUCGAAGGUCAAAUGCUGAUGAAAUGGCUAAUCUCAACGAUGCAGAGCAACCCGAAGAGUCCCGCCAAUGAGUGUUUCAACCAGGACAAUUCCUUCUUCAAUUCUCUGGCCCUGCAAUUCUGCAAUAAUCUCAAAUAUGUCGGCGUACUGAAGCAGAUCUCCAGCGAGCAUUUGGAUGGCGGAUUUAGCCCUUAUGAGAUGUACCAAUGGACGCACACGGAACAGCCGACGACCUCGCUCCCCUUGACACCCGGCAAGCUGGACAAGGUGGCGGCAUGGCCCUUUUCCAGCACACCCGCCGGUCUGCGAACGUUGGAAGCGAGCUCGCUGGCGGGAGCUGGAGGAGCUGGCGGCGCCUUGGGUGGAGCAAUAACCGCCUCAACGACAGCAUUAACAACAGCAACAACCGAUAGCCAGAAGACGCUGCAGCAGAUCCUUAAGAAGCGCCUGCUCAACUGCUCCACUCUGGCCGAGGUGCAUGCGGUGGUCAACGAGCUGCUGAGCAGCGUAGACGAGCCGCCACGUCGCCCCUCGAAGCGGUGUGUGAAUCUCACGGAACUGCUCAAUGCCAGCGAGGCCACCAUUUAUGAGUACAAUAAAUCGGGAGGAGCUGACACGGGAUUAAAGAGCUACGCGGAUGCAGGAACACAAACGGAAACGGCAACGGAAGUGGCAGAGUGCAAGGGUUCCUGCAAAUGUGGGGAAUCCCCGAAAGAAAAGGAAACUACAGCUGCUGCACCACCCCCACCGCCACCUCCUCCGCCACCGGCUCCUGCGUUGGGUGGACCACCGCCACCUCCUCCUCCGCCGCCUGGCUUUGGAAUUCCUGCCCCACCGCCCAUUCCCGCGCCUCCACGAGCUCCUGGUGCUCCUCCACCACCGCCUCCGCCACCAGGCAGUUGUGCCGCACCGCCUCCACCGCCCCCUGCUCCCGGUGGACCGGGUGCGCCUCCUCCACCGCCCAUGAGCCCAUCCGACUCCGCUAAGCCGCUAAAUUCACCCGCCCCGCUGCCCGAUCCCGCCGAAGGAAACUGGUUCCAUCGCACAAACACUCUUCGCAAGAGCGCUGUUAACCCGCCGAAACCAAUGCGUCCUUUAUACUGGACACGCAUAGUGACCAGUGCCCCGCCAGCGCCACGCCCUCCGUCGGUAGCUAAUUCCACAGAUUCCACUGAGAACAGCGGAAGUUCUCCAGAUGAGCCGCCACCUGCCACAACCGUAGAUGGAGCUGCAGGCGAAGAUCCACCCACAAAGGAAAUCUGGACAGAGAUCGAGGAGACGCCCCUGGACAAUAUCGACGAGUUCACGGAGCUCUUUUCCCGCCAGGCCAUUGCCCCGGUCACCAAACCCAUUGAGCUGAAAGUCAAGAGAGCCAAGUCCAUCAAAGUUCUCGAUCCGGAGAGAUCCCGAAAUGUGGGCAUCAUCUGGAAGAGUUUGCAUGUGACCUCCGCGGAGAUCGAGCAUGCUAUAUACCAUAUAGACACCUCGGUGGUCAGUUUGGAAGCGCUGCAGCACAUACGAAAUAUGCAGGCCUCGGAGGAUGAGCUGCAGAAGAUCAAGGAAGCAGCCGGAGGCGAUAUACCCCUUGAUCUGCCCGAGCAAUUCCUGCUGGACACCUCGCUGAUAUCCAUGGCCAGCGAGAGGAUUUCCUGUAUUGUCUUCCAGGCGGAGUUUGAGGAGUCGGUGACGCAAUUGGUACGCAAAAUAGAAACAGUAACGCAGCUGUCGCGGCAAUUGAUCGAAAGCGAGGACCUCAAGCUGGUCUUCUCCAUUAUCCUGACCCUGGGGAACUAUAUGAAUGGGGGUAAUAGACAGCGCGGACAGGCGGAUGGGUUUAACCUGGACAUUUUGGGUAAACUGAAGGAUGUCAAGUCCAAGGAAUCGCACACCACUUUGCUGCAUUUCAUAGUGCGCACAUAUAUUGCGCACCGGAGAAAGGAGGGAGUGCAUCCGUUGGAGAUUCAGCUGCCGAUACCAGAGCCACCGGAUGUGGAGAGAGCGGCGCAGAUGGAUUUCGAGGAUGUGCAGAGGCAGAUAACGGAGCUGAACAGGAAAUAUGCAGGCUGCAAACGAACCACAGCCAAAGUGCUGGCUGCCUCCCGUCCUGACAUUUUAGAGCCCUUCAAGUCCAAGAUGGAGGAAUUUGUGGAGGCAGCGGACAAGUCAAUUGCCAAGCUUCGCCAGUCGCUGGAGGAGUGUCGCGAGCUUUUCCUGGAAACCAUGCGGUUCUAUCACUUUUCCCCCAAAGCCUGCACCCUGACCCUGUCCCAGUGCACGCCCGAUCAGUUCUUCGAGUACUGGACCAACUUUACCAAUGAUUUCAAGGACAUUUGGAAGAAGGAAAUAACCAGUCUCUUGAAUGAUUUGAUGAAGAAAUCAAAACAGGCCCAAAUCGAGUCCCGCCGCAACGUCUCCACGAAGGUGGAGAAGUCCGGACGGGUUUCGCUGAAGGAACGCAUGCUCAUGAGGCGCAGCAAAAACUAAGCUAGUUAUCAUCUCUCCCACAACGCAAUGAUAUAUUUUUUUAUUGUGGUUGCCUUUUUUUAUUACACUUUAUUGCUAAGAAAAUUUCUCGUUGCAUGGAUUUAUUCUCUGCUCUUUUUUUUUUAAGUUACAAAACUGUAUAAAAAUUAAAAUAAAUAAUGGUAAAACUAUAUACAAGGAGUGGCUCUUUAAAUAAAUUGUCCUCGUGCUGUUGUGAUCGUAA